CAAAGCAAACAUGUGAGACGUAACAAGAACCUUUACUGCCGAAUGUCGUGCAACGAAACCUGUAAUGUUAUUUCGAUUAUAACAUAACAAGGUACAAAUUCUCUUAAUUAGCAGAACAUUUGUCAGCCAGCUGACUUUUAAGGAUGCCAGCAGGUGUAUCGUGGCCAAGAUAUCUACGGAUGUUUGCAGCCAGUGUGUUGUCAAUGUUUGCUGGAGCACAGGUUGUGCAUCAGUAUUACCGUCCUGAUUUAACCAUUCCAGAGGUUCCACCAAAGCCUGGAGAACUGCGAACAGAACUUGUUGGCUUGAAAGAAAGACAGACAGACUAG